AACCGAUAACGUUGGCCUAGCAAUAAUUCCCUUGCUGCACACGUUCAUUCCAUCCGAUGUGCGACGAAGAUUGGAAUUCUGCAGCGAGGAAUUCAUUGCUGCCGGUAGCGAGCACGAAUCUGAUGCCGCCUAAAGUGAACACCUCAUGUCUUCACUAUGUGCACAUCCACUUGUACUCGAACUGUAACAUAUUCCUCCACCGUGAUGCAGCUUGUUAUCAGGUCGCACCAGCGUAACCGCCUAGACAACAGAUUUCACGCUAGUGCCACUGUACUUUGGAAAUAUUACGUAUGUUAUAUCCAUUUCAAAUCGAGUGAUAUGUCCGGAUUAUUGCUUACUGCGAUUAGAGGGAGAUGGAGUAAUGCGUCAGAACAUUAUCAGCUCCAGCUGGCUGAUUGCUGAUAGACGGCUCACCGUCAUUCCAGUCGUUAGUGUACAUCAGUAUAAGGACGCCGUGCAUCUACACAACCAAAGCCAGGCGAUCUGACGCUUCAUGUUGAGGUUAUUCGCCAGACAAGAUAGUUCACUUUCUUCACCAUAUAUGGGAAGCUGAUUUCGAGAAGGCCGCGUCCAUGCUACAUACACCUUGCGUGUCGGUUGUGGACAAGGAAUCCGAUGUAACCGCUUUAUGGAUACACCACCGAAACGGUUACCGUAAGAUUUUUAUUAUGCUAACGGUGGUUUCCCUUUGUGGAACACCUAGUCCAUUUAUAUCCGAUGAUGACGAUAACGAGCCGCACAGUAGGAUUAAGUGGCCUCAGGCAGCUGCUUACGGGCCACCGCCGAAACACAACUUUUUGCACUAGCCAUCAACCUCCACCGCCAUACAAGUUGCUGUCUCUACAAGUAAUACGUUGACACCGAACGCCAUGCCUUAUGCAGGCGUCACACCCUUCAACUGUGCCUAGCGCUUCCACCGAGAGCAUGGUGGCUGACCACAACGGCAAGAUGUAUAUCACUGCUGUGGUUGUUUACCGUGUUAGACCGACCAGUGAACCCCGAUGCGCAAGGCAACACUUGCCGAAAACUUGAGAAAGGUAAGCCAUUUUAAGUAUUUCACCAGCUGCAACUCAGUUUUCGACAGAUUGCGCUACAUCACUCUUGAUGUAUCUAUCUUGAACAUGUAGGUGUCCCUGAUCUCAGCCGUUCCAGAUGCGGUCCGACGAAUAGAGCGCAACUUGGACACCAUGAUGCAAUGUAUGUGUUCAAUCACUUAAGCCGUGCACAACUUGGAUCCAAGUGAGACCAGCACACUGCCCAUAUGUUGCACCUCAGUGGAUCAUUUGAAGACGUUGGAAGAUGAGAACAAAAGGCAACAAUUGGUAAGCGUUACUCUACCGUCAACAUCACUCACAGACAUGUGUGAUGCAAAGCGUUGCGGAUUCAUCUUUGAUGGACGCCACCUACCGAGUAAUGAAGCGUUUGACGACGCGCUUCGUAACCAUAGCACUUAACAUCUCGGACGCCAAAAACAAGUUGGCGUUUGAACGUUCAACCACUUUCUAUGUUUUGCAAUCUAAGACUUCCCUUUCACCUAGCCGCAAUGCUUUAUCAGCCGCUUUGUUGCAGAGGUUGCACAGUGAAACCGUUGGUUCUAUACGGGUGGCGGAGUGCAUUCGCAACCACCUUAAAAAUCUGCGCUUCCACUUGUCCCGCAGCCAUACCUGUGAGUCCGACGAAGACCACACGGAGGUGAAUGAAAGUGCGGAGACACACAGCAAGGACGGAAUUUCACGAUGA